AUAUUAAAAAAAAAGAAAAAUAAAAAGGAAAAAAAAAUACUAGAUGCCAUUGCGUCUAUAUCCAAAUCCAAGUCUAUAGAUUUCACCGCUUUCUGACUCUGAGUCACACACUUCUCAGAUCUGAUCUCAGUGCUCAGUUCUCACUAUACAGAGAUCUAAUCUUUCUUCAUUUUGUUAUCAGCCUGAGGUUUGAAGGCUCACUGCUAUUAUCAUGUCAAGGAGGCUGGUAAAUCCUUCGCGUCGGUUAGCUGAUGCUGGAAGUAUACCAUUUGUGGCCUCUAUUCAGUCCAAAUCUCGCAACUCUCCCGUGCUAUCUAUCGGUCUUGUUGUUGUGGGUGCAAUCCUUCUGAUCGGUUAUUGUUAUAGCAAUUCAGGGAGUAGCAGUGAUAUCAAGGAUGUAAGUAAACUUGAAGGUGGAGGCUCCUGCACAGCAGAAGUUCUACAAACAUUGCCCCUGUUGAAGAAAGCAUACGGAGACAGUAUGCACAAGGUUUUGCAUGUCGGCCCUGAAUCUUGUUCCGUGGUAUCCAGUCUAUAUCAAGAAGAGGAUACCGAGGCUUGGGGAAUUGAACCAUAUGAGUUAGAUGAUGUCAGUUCGAAGUGCAAGAGUCUUGUACGCAAGGGCAUUGUGCGUGUAGCUGACUUGAAGUUUCCUCUCCCUUACCGUGCAAAGUCAUUUUCUCUUGUAAUUGUGUCAGAUGCAUUGGACUACUUAUCUCCAAGAUACCUGAACAGAACCGUGCCAGAGUUGGUGAGGGUAUCUGCUGAUGGAGUUGUUAUCUACGCAGGUUAUCCAGGUCAGCAGAGAGCUAGAGGUGGAGAAGUGGCCAAAUUUGGUCGUCCAGCGAAACUGCGCAGCUCAUCGUGGUGGAUUAGGUUUUUCGUUCAGACAAGCUUGGAAGAGAAUGAAACUGCUGGCAAGAAGUUUGAGCAGGCUUCAACCAAGAAAGGAUACAAGCCAGGUUGCCAAGUAUUUCACCUCAAAUCAUACGCUUGAAUUUUUCAGCUUCCUUGUUUUGAACUCUUCAUCACUUAUUAUUGGUUUAGAAAGCAUGCUGAUAUAUAUAGGCACCUUGAGCACCCGAAGGGUAAAAGUUCCACAUAUAUAUAUUUUGAUGGAAAUUAUAGUAUUAUUUGAUUUGAUAUUCCAAAUUACUAUAAUGAUGAGACAUUGAUACAUUAAUUAUUUAUUUUCUUGGUAAUCCCAUUUGUAAACUA